AACCCUUGUAAAAACCCUUGAUUUCCAUUUGCUGUAAAUAGUGAGUGAGCUGAAGCCCUGCGGUAAGUGGGCUGCUUCUUCAGCUGCUUAAACGCUGAACCAAUAUUCCCAAGGAUGGCGAAAAUCCUUCUCAGAAAUCUGCUUUCACUCAACCAAAAACGCUUCCUUCAUUCCCACCCAACCCUUUCUUCUAUUUCAAAGCCGCCCUCUUCAAGCUCCGCUCUUCCACUCUCCAAACGCCUCAUAAUACCCCGUGACGCCGCCCCUGAAUCCUUAUCCCUCUUCAAAAAUUUGGAAUCUUACGGAUUCAACACUACCCAAAUCGCCACAUUGGUCGAAAAAUGCCCCGAAAUCGUGCAUUCCAGAUUUAACUCAAAGUUUAAGCCCAGGCUCGAGUAUCUAAUCGAAAAGGGUAUUAAAGGUAAGCUUUUGCCUGAAUUCAUUCUAUCGAAUCCUUCGAUUCUUUCUCGAAGCUUGGGUGCUCAGAUUAAGCCAACUUUAGAGUUUUUAUCCCAAUUUUUGAAAGCUGAUGAAAUCCCGGUAGCUAUUAGACGAUCAUCUUCAUGGUUGUUGACUUUGAAUCUGAAUUCCAUUGUGCGACCAAAUGUUGAGUUGAUGAUUAGUGAAGGAGUUGCUGCUAGUAGAAUAUCGAGAUUGUUAGUAUUACAACCUAGGGUCAUUUUGCAAAGCCAUGCUCGAAUGGUUUACGCCAUUAAAACCAUUAAAGAAAUCGGUCUCGAGCCGGCAGAACCUAGGUUUAUACAUGCUCUUAGGGUUAUUUGUUCAGUUAGCAACGCUAAUUGGAAGAAAAAAGUUGAAGCAUUUAUGAGCCUAGGAUGGAGUAAAGAGGAAAUUUCUAUUACUUUAAGGAAAGACCCUCUUUGUUUAGCUUGUUCCGAAAGGAAACUCCGGUUUUUGAUGGAUUUUUAUGUGAAUACAAUGAAGUUGGAUGCGCAAACAAUUAAAUCGUACCCGAAAUUGCUUCUGCAUUCGGCUGAUAAACGGAUUGUCCCCAGGUAUAAGGUUUUGAAGGUUUUGGAGUCGAUGAAACUUAUCAAAGAAGAUAAGAAGAUUGUUUGGAUUAUGACAUGGUCUGAACAUAAAUUUUUGGAGCAAUAUAUAACUAAGAACAAGGACAAAAUUCCAGGUUUGUUGGAUUUGUACCAGCAGGCUAAGAAGAGAAAAACAAGCGGGGACAAGAGUGAAACAAUUGAUCCCGUAUCAGCAAGUUUAACUUUGUAGUUCAUAGUUGUCUAGAUCUAUGUUACUCAGAUUCAGGGUGAGUGCCUGCUGCUGAUUAUGUGUUCUGAUAUGGGUAAGUUUUUCAAUAUAUUUGUCGGACCUUAUUUAUAUAACCAUGUAUGUUAAGAAAAGGAAAACCAGCAGGGGGCAAGAAUGAGGCAACAAAUCCCAAAAUCAGCAAGUUCGACUCUAGUUUGUAGUUGCCUAGACAUGUGUUACUCAUGUCGGAUACUGAAUACGUGACCGGUAUGGUAAAAUUUUCGAUAUAUUUGAAGGAUGGUACACUAAUAACCAUGUUCAACCAAACACAAAUGCCAUACGUGGGUACUUUAGGAACAUGAAGUAUCCAGGCCACAUAGACCUAUACACAUUCCUGUUUGACCGGUUCUAAAAUGUAUUCGUGGUAUUCACAUUUUGAUUGCCUAAUAUCAUCUUUGUGGCCAUUAUAUUUUUUGUCUCUUUUGUGGAUCGUACUCUUUGUUAUAUUAGGAACCUUGAUUGCCUUAAAAACUCAUAAUUUUGUCCUGCCA